GGGUAUCAAUCAAUGUUAACCUCCUUCUCCUUGCCACAACAUAAUCCGUCUUAUCGCUGACACAGAGAACAAUUGUCCGUGAGCAAUUGAUUUAGACACGUUACACUGGAAUCGAUAUUUAAUUCCUCCUAUCAUUGAGUCCUCGAUCUCCUAAAUUGCGCAACGAUUAAAAAUGCCUCGACUUUUACCAUCAAGAUUUCUCCUCCCUUCUCGUCGCUUCUUCUCACAAACUACCUCUCGAACAGCAUUCGCAACAGGUCCAUCCCCGCCACGCUUGCCACCAAAGGAACAAGAAGAAUUUGAACGUCUGCAGCGCUCCUCCACUGGCGCAUUCAGCACCCCGAAAACCGAAGUUGUCACCAAUACGUUGAAGUCAUCGACGCGAACAAGACCGCAAAUAAAUCAAUCACCUGCGACCACCGCUGCCGAAAAGGAGGAUAUAGAGUUGGCUGCUGUGAAUGCUAGGGUAUCUGCUACAGGGAAAGGAGAGGAACUGCACCCGGAUAUCCGCAGAGGUGCGAGGCCAGAAUUUGAAGGGGAUAUCAAUCCAAAGACUGGAGAAGUUGGCGGUCCAAAGAAUGAACCUUUGAGGUGGGGAAGUUCAGGUGAGAGGGGUGAUUGGAGUUAUAAUGGUAGGGUUACGGACUUUUGAAUCCCACCAGAAUGGGUUGCAGAUUUGAGAAGAAUGUACAAACAAGUUUGAAUGUCACGGUAACAUGACGCAGUACAAGAGCUGCUAUUCAAGUCAACGAAGACUUCAAAAUAGAACCUAUAGUGGAGUUUGGCUUUCACAAGGAACUAUGAAAAAAACGUCCUAGUGGAUAUUCUCUCCCUCAAUUAAUCAUGUUAUCGUUAAAAUGGCCAGUCUUCGUACUGCUCUAUUCCCCAAUUUUAUGAUAAUUAAUUCUUUCUUGUUGUCGCUACGUACAGG